AUUUUGUUCAGUCAGUCGAUGUUUCUUUUAUCUUAUCUUUUUAAGAAGUUCUGUCGGAAAGUUUUCUUAGAAUCUCAAAUGUGCAUUGUGCUCAUGCUUUAUCGAUAGGUAGAUACAAAUGUGAGUUGGAAGCUCACAUAUUUUAGUUAUUUAUAAUCACUGCCUAAAAUUGUAUUCUUUUGAUAAUGGAAUUCGAUUUAAAUGAUUUGCAUAAAAAAUUUUUGGUGGCUUAUAAAAAUGCCUUUCCAAAAUUAUCGGCACAAGAAUGUCAAGACAAUGUAAAUACAAUUUGGCAUAAAGCAAGAUUCCAGUUCAAAAGCAAAAAAAAAUUCGUUGGUUUUAUCGAAAAAGAAAUAAACAAAAUGGAUAAUACGGGGAACAGACAAGUUGAAGAGUGCUUUGAUUUACAUGAUUUGCAUAAACAAUUUUUGGAGGCGUAUAAAAAUGCUUUUUCAAAAUUAUCAAUGCAAGAAUGCCAAAACGAGGCAAAUAGAAUUUGGCAUGAAGCAAAAUCUAACUAUGAUACAGAAAAUCUCGUAUAUUUUAUUAAGGAACAGAUAAACGAAUGGAAUAAUAAUACAGCGAAUACGAAAGUUGAAGAGUGCCUCGAUUUACAUGAUUUGCAUAUACAAUUUUUGGCGGCGUAUAAAAAUGCUUUUUCAAAAUUAUCAAUGCAAGAAUGCCAAAACGAGGCAAAUAGAAUUUGGCAUGAAGCAAAAUCUAACUAUGAUACAGAAAAUCUCGUAUAUUUUAUUAAGGAACAGAUAAACGAAUGGAAUAAUAAUACAGCGAAUACGAAAGUUGAAGAGUGCCUCGAUUUACAUGAUUUGCAUAUACAAUUUUUGGCGGCGUAUAAAAAUGCUUUUUCAAAAUUAUCAAUGCAAGAAUGCCAAAACAAGGCAAAUAGAAUUUGGCAUGAAGCAAAAUCUAACUAUGAUACAGAAAAUCUCGUAUAUUUUAUUAAGGAACAGAUAAACGAAUGGAAUAAUAAUACAGCGAAUACGAAAGUUGAAGAGUGCCUCGAUUUACAUGAUUUGCAUAUACAAUUUUUGGCGGCGUAUAAAAAUGCUUUUUCAAAAUUAUCAAUGCAAGAAUGCCAAAACGAGGCAAAUAGAAUUUGGCAUGAAGCAAAAUCUAACUAUGAUACAGAAAAUCUCGUAUAUUUUAUUAAGGAACAGAUAAACGAAUGGAAUAAUAAUACAGCGAAUACGAAAGUUGAAGAGUGCCUCGAUUUACAUGAUUUGCAUAUACAAUUUUUGGCGGCGUAUAAAAAUGCUUUUUCAAAAUUAUCAAUGCAAGAAUGCCAAAACGAGGCAAAUAGAAUUUGGCAUGAAGCAAAAUCUAACUAUGAUACAGAAAAUCUCGUAUAUUUUAUUAAGGAACAGAUAAACGAAUGGAAUAAUAAUACAGCGAAUACGAAAGUUGAAGAGUGCCUCGAUUUACAUGAUUUGCAUAUACAAUUUUUGGCGGCGUAUAAAAAUGCUUUUUCAAAAUUAUCAAUGCAAGAAUGCCAAAACGAGGCAAAUAGAAUUUGGCAUGAAGCAAAAUCUAACUAUGAUACAGAAAAUCUCGUAUAUUUUAUUAAGGAACAGAUAAACGAAUGGAAUAAUAAUACAGCGAAUACGAAAGUUGAAGAGUGCCUCGAUUUACAUGAUUUGCAUAUACAAUUUUUGGCGGCGUAUAAAAAUGCUUUUUCAAAAUUAUCAAUGCAAGAAUGCCAAAACAAGGCAAAUAGAAUUUGGCAUGAAGCAAAAUCUAACUAUGAUACAGAAAAUCUCGUAUAUUUUAUUAAGGAACAGAUAAACGAAUGGAAUAAUAAUACAGCGAAUACGAAAGUUGAAGAGUGCCUCGAUUUACAUGAUUUGCAUAUACAAUUUUUGGCGGCGUAUAAAAAUGCUUUUUCAAAAUUAUCAAUGCAAGAAUGCCAAAACGAGGCAAAUAGAAUUUGGCAUGAAGCAAAAUCUAACUAUGAUACAGAAAAUCUCGUAUAUUUUAUUAAGGAACAGAUAAACGAAUGGAAUAAUAAUACAGCGAAUACGAAAGUUGAAGAGUGCCUCGAUUUACAUGAUUUGCAUAUACAAUUUUUGGCGGCGUAUAAAAAUGCUUUUUCAAAAUUAUCAAUGCAAGAAUGCCAAAACGAGGCAAAUAGAAUUUGGCAUGAAGCAAAAUCUAACUAUGAUACAGAAAAUCUCGUAUAUUUUAUUAAGGAACAGAUAAACGAAUGGAAUAAUAAUACAGCGAAUACGAAAGUUGAAGAGUGCCUCGAUUUACAUGAUUUGCAUAUACAAUUUUUGGCGGCGUAUAAAAAUGCUUUUUCAAAAUUAUCAAUGCAAGAAUGCCAAAACGAGGCAAAUAGAAUUUGGCAUGAAGCAAAAUCUAACUAUGAUACAGAAAAUCUCGUAUAUUUUAUUAAGGAACAGAUAAACGAAUGGAAUAAUAAUACAGCGAAUACGAAAGUUGAAGAGUGCCUCGAUUUACAUAAUUUGCAUAUACAAUUUUUGGCGGCGUAUAAAAAUGCUUUUUCAAAAUUAUCAAUGCAAGAAUGCCAAAACGAGGCAAAUAGAAUUUGGCACGAAGCAAAAUCCAAAUAUGAUAAAAAGGGUUUCGCAUGUUUUAUUGAAGAACAAAUAGACGAAUGGAAUGAUGGAGCGGAAAAAAAGAAAACACCUUAUCAAGGAAAGAAACGAACAUUCGGCGAAUACAAAUGCCCAAAAUGUAAACGAAGAUGGAUGUCAGGCAAUUCCUGGGCAAAUAUGGGUCAGGAAUGUAAGGAAUGCCUCAUAAUUGUUUAUCCAUAUAGACAGGUUCCUUUAGAAACAGCGGACGAAACAAUAGCCAUCAACUCGAACAAAGAACACCCACAGGAUUUAUGCGAGAAAUGUAAAGUCUUAAAAUUUUAUUGUCGAAAAUUAGAAGAUAGAUAUAGAAGAAGAGGACGAAGAACAAAGGAGUAUUAAGAAGAAGAAGGAGCAAAGAAAACGACGAAAUAAGCAACAAAUUUUGUAAUAAAAUUUUUGUUUUUUCACCAA